AUGCAGCGGCACGUAAAACCGCAUUUUCCAUGUGACGGGCCGUUCCAAGUUACUCUGCAGGCGGCAGCAGGCGAGGUGAGCGCGGCCGAGCUCCGCUUCGUGCUGCGCCGCUUCCCCCUCAUCCGCACGUUGCGCAUCCGCUUCUUCGGCCCCACCGUGCUUCCGGGGGCUCCGCGGGAGCAGCGCGCGGAGGACCGCCACCACAAGCGCCCAGGCGGAGGGGGAGUGCGGGCGGGGGGAGUAACAAGGGCUGGGGGCGGCGGAACAGGGGUUGGGGGCGGCGGAACAGGGGCUGGGGGAGGCGGAACAAGGUCUGGGGGAGGCGGAACAAGGGCUACCACUACUAGGGGAGGAGAAACGCGGAGCGAACCUCAAUCCGCCCCCACAGCGGCCUCCAAUCCGCCUGCUUCCGUCCCCGCCUUUCCUAUCAGCGACGCGGAUGUUCUCGACGGGUCAGCCAUUGUGCGGCUCCUCUCUCUCAACACGCCCCUGCAGAUCCAGCAGGUGGCCGGCACACAGGUGGAAUACCUCUCCAUCUGUAACUGCGGCGAGUUCGAGGUUCACCAGGGACUGAAAACCUACAUGUGCAACACGAUUACCACGUGGGGGCGCUGUAUACGGCAUAUUGAGAUGCACGACCCAAUGCCUUCCGCGGACGAGUUUUGGCGAUGCGUGGAAGGGCACCCGAUGCUUAGCAAAGUGACGGUGUAUAACUGCACGCACUUAACGGACGGGUUUCUGCGCCACGUGGCCAAGUGCGGGGGGCUCAAGGAGAUUUCCAUCGCCAGCUGUCCGAAGGUGAGUGGCGGCGGGUUUGCUGAGCUGGCGGUGAUGUGUCCCGGAUUGGAGGGGAUGGUUUUGGGGGAUCUGACUCUGUUCGUUGUGCCACAAGCAAAGAAAGCGCGCAGUGUGCCUGGUGGAGGGCGUGCAGGCGGGGGAGCGGCGGGGGAAGGGAUAGCGGAAGAGAGAGGGGAAUGGGAAGGUAGAGGGAUAGGGGAAGGGAGAGGGAUAUGGGAGGGGAGAGGGGUAGGUGAAUGGGAAGGGAGAGCGGAAGAGAGGGUGGGGAUGGAUGGGAGAGCAGCGGGAGGGGAAGCAGAAAGGAUGCGGGGAGGGGAAGGGGAAAGGGAGAGGGGGGGGGCAGGGGAGGAUGUUCGGAUGGGGGAGGCGGGAGGAGAGGCGGAGAGAGGUGCUGGCGGCAUGGAGGGUGGCGAGGGGCGUGAGGGGGCAAGGGCGGAUCAAGGCGCAGGGCGGCCGCAUGAGGGUGGGCGGACAGAUGAGGGGGAUGGGGCAGUGAGAGUGAAUGAGCCAGAUGGGUGGGGUGGGGCAGUGAUGGAGAGUGGAGAGGCGCAAGCAGGAGCAGAGGGGAGGGAAGCAGCAGGGCGGGGAAGCAAUCUUGCUGCAUCCUUCCCCAACCUCUCCUCCUUGAAAAUCAUCAACUGCGCGCUCGAUGCUCAUUGGCUGGAAAUGUUUGCCGGGCAGCUGCCCGCCCUGCGCAGGCUGACCGUCAUGGCCUGCCCGGACCCGCUCGACCGGUUUUUCCUCACCGCUGCCCGAACAGCUGCCCGGUUGAAGAGUCUUGAGAUAGUGGACUGCGAGGGCGUGAGUGACAGAGGCAUCGUGGCUCUCUUGAAAGGCUGCCCGACAAUCAACUCCCUGACACUGAGUGGGUGCGAUGCAGGGCAGGGAGUCGGAGGAGGAGAAGGGGGAGGAGGAAGAAGAGGAGGGAGAGGGGGAGGAGGCGAUGGGGGCGGAGAGGGCAAUGGUAGCAGCGGAGGGGCGAGGGUGACGGAUGAGAGUUUACGGGCGGUGGUGGUGCAUGGAGUGGGGUUGCGAUCGCUGCAGCUCAAAUGGAGCCCCGGCUUCACUGGCCACCAGCUCGCGAGGGACGUGCUGGGUUCUACUCGUGCAAUUUUGUCUCCACCUGCUUCUUGGGCGGCCUCUUUUGUCCCAGUACAUGCAGAGGUGUCUGCUGCUCCUGUUUUGCUGCCACCCCGUGGCGUGGAUCCCCAUGGGUUACAUCCAGAGCUGGAGGGGUUGGAUGGGCUCUCCGAUUCCUUCCUGCUGCUCGCUGCUGCCACCUGCCCCCGCCUCUCCAGCAUCUCCGUGGAGUAUUGCAGGGAGAUCUCAGAGGCGGGGCUAAUCCCCCUGGUGCAGUCGUGCCAUCGCCUGCACCACAUCUGCUUCUCUGGCUUCCUUUCCUUCCGUCCCUUUCACUCACUCUAUCCUUCCACAUGCUCAUCCCUCCCCUUCUUACAGGGAGAUCUCAGAGGCGGGGCUCAUCCCGCUGCUGCAGUCGUGCCACCGCCUGCAGCACAUGUGCUUCUCUGGCUUCCUCUCACAUGUCCAUUCUUCCCUUCCUGCCCUCCUCCUCCCUCCCUCACAGGGAGAUCUCAGAGGCGGGGCUCAUCCCUCAAAUCCAAGGCGGGCCUCAUCCCGCUGCUGCAGUCAUGCCACAGCCUGCAGCACAUGUGCUUCUCUGGCUUCCGUGCCAGCCACCUCUCCGACCUCCUCCUUCACACCAUCGCCUCGCACUGCCCGCUGCUCUCCACCCUCUCCCUCCGCGCCUGUAACGGGGUUACCACACACGGCGUCGUGCACGUGCUGCAGGGGUGCGGGCGAAUCGAGAGGUGCCAGCUGGCGCGGUGUCAGGAGGUGGAUGAGGAGUGUGUGGUGAGGGUGGCGAGGGAGGUUGGGGAGGUUAGGGCGAGAGGAGCAGGAGGGAGUAGAGCAGCAGGAGGAGCAGGAGGAGCAGGAGGAGCAGGAGGAGCAGGAGGAGCAGGAGGAGCAGGAGGAGCAGGAGGAGCAGGAGGGAGUAGAGGAGCAGGAGGAGCAGGAGGAGCAGGAGGGUGCAGCAGAGGUGCAGGGGAAAUGCCUGUGAUUGAGAUAUCCUGA